UUAUUAUUCAAUUAUAUUUUGAUACGUAACCAAAAAAAUCAUUAGAGAGAAUUUUGGUCAAUUACAUAUUUGAAGCAUAGAAAAAAAUCGGCUAGAGAAUUUCUUCCGGCUUCCAAAAAUGGUGAAUCUACCAGAUUCCCUAUACGAAGACUACACUAUAUCCAGGGUGAAUCUUCCCUCUGCUUUAGCCUCCACCGUCCCACCUUCACCGGACAUAAGAAUGAUUAUCAAGUGGGUCGAUGAUCUUCAUAAUAAUAUCCCAUCCACCUUCGAUUUCGCGCUGCAGAAUCUCACCAUUCAUAGGAAAAAUUUCGAGAUCUUGCCUCGGCUUUUAUGGAAAUCUCAUUUUACAGUGGCCAUGCUGUUGCAGGAGAUCUUGAAAAUCUACCCACACACUUCACGUCCAGUUUACUCACAGAACUGGAUGCACCUUCGAGUGUACAACAUUUUGCUUUUGUUCCAGUGCAUAACUCAUUACCCGGAGACAAGAAACUGCUUUCUUAAGGCUGAUAUGCAAUACUAUUUCUAUACUUUGAUGGACAUUAAUCUCACCGAUACGCGUCUUGAAUGCCUAAGGCUUGGUGCAUUGGGUGUCAUUGCUCACAUGUUGAGUCCGCCUGUAGACCCAGCUGUUGUUUGUUACCUUGUGAACACAAGUUGUUUACAACAUUGCACAAAAGCCAUCGACAUUGGCUCAACAGAAUCAAAAACAAUUGCUGUAUUCAUAAUUAACAAGAUUCUGUCCACUGGUGAGGGGCUUCAGUACUGCUGUGUCUUGCCUGAUCGUUUUUUCUUCAUAGACGGUCUCCUGAAAAGGCAGCUUAUGUAUCUUACCACCAUGGCCAGACCUUGUCCCAGCUUGUUCAAUCUUCUUGUUGGUUGCUACACCAGUCUCUCCUACAAGCCCAGGGCUCGAAGGGGACUAAGGCGUUACCUUCCUGACAUGCUGUUCAACAACACCUUUGCUAGUUUACUUGCUGCGGACCCAGCAGCUGAGAGGAAUCGUCGGGAGCUGAUUAAGAAUCUGGAAAUGAAAUGAAAUGAAAACUCAGCCAGAAAAG